UGCUCUGGUGCCUUUCUGUGAACAAUCAGAAUCCGAGCAGUCAGGCAGGUUCGUUCAGUCCUGAUCUGAUUCAGAUUUUAUUGGAACGAGAAGCUGCUCGCUGGAUCGAGUCCAUGCUGAAUUAAAAGUGCGUUACCCGCUGACAGCUGACAGGGUUCCUGUAGGGGCCUCGGGCAACUCAUACAUCCAGGACAUGGAGCUGAGGGAGGAGUGGCAGGACGACGGCUUCCCCAGCCCUUUCCCAGAGGACUGUGGGAGUCCAGAGGAGGCAGAGAGCCCGUCAGGUAGCACGCAGCACCCAGCUCCGCCCACUACCCUCGCCCUAUCAGGAACAGUUGGGGGUGGGGCCAAGAAGCGCCUGGUAGCCCCAUCACUCAGCCUCACUCUGGGCCGCAGUGAUUCUCACGACCAGAGCAACGACGGCUUCUCUGCCGCUGCGCUGUCGACGACGCCAGAUGAGACGCCAUCACUGGAUAUCAACCUGGAGGCUCUGGAGACGCCUUCAGGCAGCGAAACAGGAACGCUGCCAGACAGCCACCACGAGCUGGAGUGGGAGGAUGACCUCCCACGGAUGUCGAGGGGCGGGGCCGUGGGCAUGUCGAGGAGCCCGGUUGAGCAGUCAGAGGGUCUGAUUGAGCUGGACAAGGUGGACAACGAGGGACGCCGCUGGAGGAGGUUCUGCAUUGCUGGACAUGAAUACCACGUCAACAUGAGCGUCCUGGAGCCGUACCUGCAGGUCCUGUCACAUGGAGGUUACUAUGGAGAGGAUAUGAACGCCAUCAUCCUGUUCACCUCCUGCUACCUGCCGGAGAACACGGUGGACGACUAUGAGUAUGUCAUGGACAACCUGUUCAGGUACAUUGUGGGAACGUUGGACCUGAUGGUUUCAGAGAACUACAUGCUGGUCUACCUGUGUGCCAUGGCUCCCAGAAACAAACUACCGUCCAUCAAAUGGCUCCACCAGUGUUACACGUCCAUUGACAGGAGGCUGAAGAAGGACCUGAAGGGGCUGCUGGUCGUCCAUCCUGCCUGGUACAUCAGAGCUCUCCUCACACUGGUCAAACCCUUCAUCAGUGAUAAGUUCAGCAGGAAGAUUCGGUUCAUUCACAGUCUGAGGGAACUGUCUCAGUUCAUCCCCACAGAGAGACUACAGAUCCCAGAUGCUAUACGGCGGUUUGAUGAGAAGCUGAACAGAUGACGAUCACAGAGGUCGACAGACUGGAUGGAUCCUAAAGGUCAAAGGUCAUCGGGAUUUCUCCAUGUACAGAACAAACACACAGAGACUCUGGGUUUAUUUAUACUGUCUUUAAAUCAGGGGAGGGUAAGUUAAGCGUCUGGUUCUCCUGCAGCUUCAGACUCAGGUGGUCUACCUGUGGACCCUCACCAGGUGUCAGGACAGGUAGAUGGAGCUGGAUCUCAAAGUGUGAAGCUGUCGCAGGAAACCAUCAUGUGUCUGAUUCAGGACUGUAGAUCCUGAACACUGUACAAACUCAUGAAUCAUGUAAAUAUGAUCAUUUAUCUUUAAAGUCACCUGCGUCUGUCGGCUGCUGCAGGAAGAACUCAUGUACUAAGUUUAUAUAUGUUCACUGUAACACAGUUUGAUGGCAGCAGCUGAACACACUCAGGUUACAGCACACUGAGCAGGUGUUUGACCUGUCGCACUAACACCUACCUGUAAUAAAAGCAACGAUCAAAUCUUUUUAACUUAAUUAGACCAGUUUGUUUUUCACAUUUUUACUCUUUUACAACAUAAACAAUCUGAUCCUAAAGGUGGAACAACUCAAUGAUUAUGUUUCUGGGUCUAAAGCACACAACUUGUGGAUUUAAUAACAUUUUAUAAUAUUUAAUGACAUGACUGUCACCACCAGACUCCGUGUGUCAAUCUGGAGAAAUUAUAUGAAUUAAAAAACUUCAUUAAUCAA